GUCUUUCUGAGAGCCGGGAAAGGGGGAGCGUCUUGGUUCUAACUCGCCCGCCCGGCCCCUCUCCCCGCUCCCCGCUCCCUCUGCAGCUAGAGCUACGGACGCCACCGGAUGUGGGGCGGGGGAGGCCAGGGGCAGCGGGGGCCCGAGAGCCCGGGGGCACGUAGGAGACCCUGUCGGGCUCCAGCCCAAAAGAACGAGAAAGAGAAGAGAGUGGAGCCAGGGAGAGACGGGCAGACUGGGAGAGGCCCGGAGGCAGGGGCAGGCAAAUUGGGAACCGCCCUGCUGCUGGACUCGGUUCUCUCCCACUUCUGGAGCCCAUGCACGUGUUGAUUUAGGGUCAAAAGAUCCCUCCCCCCCACCCCAUCAGCCCCUUCCUCCCCACCCCCUCCAGCAGAGGGAAGAGAGAAAGGGGGAAAGACGGGCCCAGGUAGCCGCGGUGGCCGAGAUGUGAAACUGACUCAGGCUGUGGGGUGGCUCUGGGACUUGUGCGACUGUUUGUGUGUGACUGUCCCAGGGACUUGUGUGUGCCGCCGUUGGUGUGGUCCUAUUGCACGCCGUGACUUUCAUUAUUCGUACGUGGCUAUUUCGGGGUGUCCGUGGGGGUGGCGGCGGCUGUUCCAGGGUGUACGAAGGACUGUGGCAGGAUUCCGGCUGGGCUUGUGUUUCGUGUGUGUGUGUGAGAAUGAGUGUGUGACACCGCUGUGUGCUCUUUUUCAGCCAUUACUUCCUGAGUUUUCGGGACAUCUUAUCGGCCUCCAAUCGAUGCCUGGGCUCGUAAGAUCGGAAGACUGACAAGGGGUUGGGGCGCUGAACCCGGACCGUGCUGGCUGUGGAAAGGAGCCGCUGCCGCGGCGCGGAUUGCUGGAUUGCUGGCAGACGCAGCCCUCGUCCGGACGCUGCCUCCUGAGCGCCCUCCGGGGCUCCCUGGCCUGCUGUUUGGGACUAACUCGGAUCUGGAAGAGAGCAAGAGAUCUUAGGAAUGAUGGCAGGGGUCGGGGCCCCCUUCGCCAAUGGCUGCGGGGCCUGCGCUCCCUCGGAGGCCGAGGCUCUUCACCUAUGCCGGAGUUUGGAAGUAGGCACAGUCAUGACCUUGUUCUACUCCAAGAAAUCCCAGCGACCUGAGAGGAAAACCUUCCAGGUCAAGUUGGAGACCCGACAGAUCACGUGGAGUCGAGGGGCAGAUAAAAUCGAGGGAGCGGUCGAUAUUCGUGAAAUCAAGGAGAUCCGGCCUGGGAAAACCUCUCGUGAUUUUGACCGUUACCAGGAGGACCCGGCCUUCCGGCCCGACCAGUCCCAUUGCUUUGUUAUCCUGUAUGGCAUGGAAUUCCGUCUGAAAACGCUGAGUCUGCAAGCCACAUCGGAGGACGAAGUGAAUAUGUGGAUCAAAGGCUUGAACUGGUUGGUGACUGACACCGUGCAGGCGGCCACGCCCCUGCAGAUCGAGAGGUGGCUCCGGAAGCAGUUCUACUCUGUGGAUCGGAAUCGGGAAGACAGGAUUUCUGCCAAGGAUCUUAAGAACAUGCUGUCCCAGGUCAACUACCGAGUUCCCAACAUGCGGUUCCUGAGGGAACGGUUGACGGACAUGGAGCAGCGGAGCGGGGACAUCACCUAUGGCCAGUUUGCCCAGCUCUACCGCAGCCUCAUGUUCAGUGCCCAGAAAUCGAUGGACCUUCCUUUCCUGGAAGCCGGCACCCUGAGGGGCGGGGAUCGACCCGAGCUCUGCAGAAUUUCCCUGUCGGAAUUUCAGCAGUUUCUCCUGGAAUACCAGGGGGAGCUGUGGGCCACUGACAGGCUGCAGGUGCAGGAGUUCAUGCUCAGCUUCCUCCAGGACCCACUUCGGGAAAUCGAGGAGCCCUACUUCUUCCUGGAUGAGUUUGUUACCUUCCUGUUUUCCAAAGAGAAUAACAUCUGGAACUCCCAGCUGGAUUCGGUGUGCGUGGACACCAUGAACAACCCUCUGUCUCAGUAUUGGAUCUCUUCAUCUCACAACACGUACCUGACCGGGGACCAGUUCUCCAGCGAGUCCUCCUUGGAGGCCUAUGCGCGGUGCCUCCGAAUGGGCUGCCGAUGCAUCGAGUUGGACUGCUGGGAUGGGCCAGACGGGAUGCCAGUCAUUUACCAUGGACACACCCUCACCACCAAGAUCAAGUUCUCUGAUGUUCUGCACACUAUCAAGGAGCACGCCUUCGUGACCUCGGAGUACCCCGUGAUCUUGUCCAUUGAGGAUCAUUGCAGCAUUGCUCAGCAGAGAAACAUGGCCCAGUACUUCAAGAAAGUAUUUGGGGACACGCUUCUCACCAAGCCCGUGGACAUUGCGGCUGACGGUCUGCCUUCGCCCAACCAGCUCAAGAGAAAAAUCCUUAUCAAGCACAAGAAGCUGGCAGAGGGCAGUGCCUACGAGGAGGUGCCCACGUCGGUGAUGUACUCGGAGAACGACAUCAGCAAUUCCAUCAAGAACGGCAUCCUCUAUUUGGAAGACCCCAUUAAUCACGAGUGGUACCCGCACUAUUUUGUACUGACCAGCAGCAAAAUCUAUUACUCAGAGGAGACCAACAGUGACCAGGGCAACGAGGACGAGGAGGAGCCAAAGGAGGUGAGCAGCAGUGCCGAGCUGCACUCCAGCGAGAAAUGGUUCCACGGGAAGCUCGGGGCCGGUCGGGACGGGCGACACAUCGCCGAGCGGCUGCUUACCGAGUACUGCAUUGAGACCGGGGCCCCCGACGGUUCCUUUCUGGUCCGGGAGAGCGAGACCUUUGUGGGGGACUACACCCUGUCCUUCUGGCGGAACGGGAAGGUGCAGCACUGCCGGAUCCACUCCCGUCAGGACGCGGGCAGCCCCAAGUUCUUCCUCACAGACAACCUGGUGUUUGACUCGCUCUAUGACCUCAUCACCCACUACCAGCAGGUGCCGCUGCGGUGCAACGAGUUCGAGAUGCGCCUCACGGAGCCCGUGCCUCAGACUAAUGCGCACGAGAGCAAAGAGUGGUACCAUGCCAGUCUGACCCGAGCCCAGGCGGAGCAUAUGCUGAUGCGGGUGCCCCGGGACGGGGCCUUCCUCGUGCGAAAGCGGAGCGAGCCCAACUCCUACGCCAUCUCCUUCCGGGCAGAAGGGAAGAUCAAACAUUGCCGGGUCCAGCAGGAGGGGCAGACGGUGAUGCUGGGGAACUCCGAGUUUGACAGCCUUGUAGAUCUCAUCAGUUACUAUGAGAAGCAUCCACUGUAUCGAAAGAUGAAGCUCCGGUACCCCAUCAAUGAGGAGGCACUGGAGAAGAUGGGCACGGCGGAACCUGACUAUGGAGCUCUGUAUGAAGGACGGAAUCCAGGUUUCUACGUGGAGGCAAAUCCUAUGCCAACUUUUAAGUGUGCUGUCAAAGCCCUCUUUGACUACAAGGCACAGCGGGAAGAUGAGCUGACCUUUACGAAGAGUGCCAUCAUCCAGAAUGUGGAAAAGCAGGAGGGAGGCUGGUGGAGGGGAGACUACGGAGGGAAGAAGCAGCUCUGGUUUCCAUCCAACUAUGUGGAAGAGAUGGCCAAUCCUGCCACUUUAGAGCCUGAGAGGGAGCAGUUGGAUGAGAACAGCCCCCUGGGAGAUCUGCUCCGUGGAGUCCUGGAUGUGCCCGCCUGCCAGAUCGCUAUCCGCCCCGAGGGGAAGAACAACCGACUCUUUGUGUUCUCGAUCAGCAUGGCAUCCAUUGCCCAUUGGUCCUUGGAUGUGGCUGCUGAUUCCCAGGAGGACCUACAGGACUGGGUGAAAAAGAUCCGAGAGGUUGCCCAGACUGCGGAUGCCCGGCUCACGGAGGGAAAGAUGAUGGAACGAAGGAAGAAAAUUGCCUUAGAGCUGUCUGAACUUGUCAUUUACUGUCGGCCCGUCCCCUUCGAUGAGGAUAAGAUUGGCACUGAGCGGGCCUGUUACCGAGACAUGUCAUCCUUCCCUGAGACCAAGGCAGAGAAAUACGUGAAUAAGACCAAAGGCAAGAAGUUCUUGCAGUAUAAUCGGCUUCAGCUGUCACGCAUUUACCCCAAGGGCCAACGGCUGGACUCUUCCAACUAUGACCCUUUGCCCAUGUGGAUUUGUGGCAGCCAACUUGUGGCCCUCAACUUCCAGACUCCAGACAAACCCAUGCAGAUGAACCAGGCCUUAUUCAUGUCCAGUGGGCGUUGUGGCUACGUGAUGCAGCCAAGCAACAUGAGAGAUGAAGCCUUCGACCCCUUUGACAAGUGUAGCUUGCGUGGGAUAGAGCCAUGUGCGGUCUGCAUUGAGGUCCUGGGGGCCCGGCACCUCCCCAAGAACGGCCGUGGCAUCGUGUGUCCUUUUGUGGAGAUUGAGGUGGCUGGAGCCGACUAUGACAACAUGAAGCACAAGACGGAAUUUGUGGUGGACAAUGGUCUGAACCCCGUUUGGCCGGCAAAGCCCUUCCACUUCCAGAUCAGCAACCCCGAGUUUGCUUUCCUGCGCUUUGUGGUAUAUGAAGAAGAUAUGUUCAGUGACCAGAAUUUCUUGGCUCAGGCCACCUUCCUGGUGAAAGGCCUAAAGACAGGAUACAGAGCGGUGCCUUUGAAGAAUAACUACAGUGAGGACUUGGAGUUGGCCUCUCUGCUUAUCAAAAUAGAUAUAUUUCCUGCCAAGCAGGAGAACGGGGAGAUCAGUCCCUUUGGCAGCUCGUCGUUCCGAGAACGGGGCUCCGAAUCUUCUGGCCAGCUGCUCCACGGCCGAGCCCGGGAGGGCUCCUUUGAAGCUCGCUACCAGCAGCCCUUCGAGGACUUCCGCAUCUCCCAGGAGCACCUAGCAGACCACUUUGACAGCCGGGAACGAAGGGCACUUCGGAGAACUCGUAUCAAUGGAGACAACCGCCUCUAGACUUCACCGCACCGGCCUUUGAGAAUUAGGCGGGUUUGAGCAGCAGAUGCCUCGUGGAAUUCUGUGAACUGGCCCUUCCUGCAGGCAGCCCUCCUGGGUUCUCUGUCCGAUGUUCCGGCAGAGAUCCGUCACACAAACACCAAGCCAUUGUUCAGCUGUUGUACUGUCGUGAGUCUGUUCACUCUUGUCCAUGGUAAAGGCAAGAAGACUAUACCAUGCCUGGCAUUGAGCACAAAAUCUUGUCUCGGCCCCCCAGAGACUGGUGCUCUCAUCUCACCUCUCCUGGAAAGGACAGGGCCCUUGUCCCGGCUCCCUCGCUCACAGGGAGCGUGGGCAGGUCAGUCACCUUUGCCCCCAACAGAGCUCCUGGGGCUCUGAGGAGCACGGACAGAUUCCCGAGACUGGCCGAGGGGCUGACUGCUGACUUUGCUGGUUCCUGAAGGGACCCACAAAGACCCCCAAGAACAAAGUUUACAUCCUCCUGUAGCUUUAAAACCACAAACGAACAGCAUGAGAGGGCUAAUGUUCCUGAGUGGUUUGUCCCCUGACCGAUCCAGACCCAACUUGAUGGUUGCCUUGUUAGUGAGACCUGAAACCCCACAGGGGCAUCUGUGCUGAAUAUUUUACUUGGGGAGUGGGACAAGAAAGGCAGUAUUGCAGACAUAGCAGUGUGGCCCUGGAACACUAACCCUCUUUCAGGAUGGAAUGCUCUCCUGAAGUUAAAACAUGUUACAAACAGCAGUAUUAUUUUUUCUUCUAAAUUGUAUUGUAACUAAGUUAUUUACCCCCCUCCCUUCCCAAUACUGUUCCUGUUAUCACAAGUAAACCCUUAAAGCAGGUGGCAUUUAAAAAAAAAAAAGACCCCUGCCAACCACCCAUGUGCAGCCUCCUGAGCUGAGCUGAGGGCCAGCUGAGAUGCUCAGAGGUGGCUGGUUGGUGGGCCUUUGAGAAGUGACACUUAGGCAGUGUCAGUGAAGAGGCUGGGGAUAAUAGCUGACUCAAAAAAAUUUUUUUAAGGGAAAGGGGCCACAUUUUAGGAUUCUUAAGUUUUUUAGGCUUGAAAAGGGAAUUUGAAGUUAUAUUCAUCAAGAGCAACAGAGAACAUUGGGAAAUCCCUAUGUCUGAUGUUGAAUGGCCAGGAAGGCAUCUAUGAGGCUGAACUAGAAGCUUGGAUACUGUGGUUUUUGUUAUCUAUUUGGAAUGACUGACUUUCUUUCCCCAAGGGGAAAGCCUUCCCUCAGACCUGACAGGCUAACUUGGGUGGGGAGAAGAGACACUGUAGGCCUACAACUGGUGUCUCAUAUCCUGGGUGUGAGAAAAUAGAUGCUUGCCCUGGGGCAGGAGCUCAGAGGAGGCUCGGUCCUCAGCCACCUUCUUUCAGCACAGGCAAACCUCUCACCCCCAAUUUUGGGUCCUCAGGACCCCGACUACCAAAUGAAAAGGCUUCAGGUGAUUCCGCCCCCUCCCCCCCAUUGGUGUAUUCUUUAUGGAGGCAAGGGCAGAACUGGGAAGCUAUUAGCACUUAGUCACCUAUAAUGAGCUUUUGGCAGUAAGCAAAGAUGUUACCAGAUAAAUUGGAAAUAUAGGGUGUCCUAAAAGUCUUAGUGCUGUUGUAAAUUACUGAAGCAAGUUUAGUAAAUUAAAAUUAAAGUUUUAGUAGCUUACAAUGGCACUAAGAUUUUGGGGACAUCCUAUAUUGUCAAAAGAUUUGUCUAUACUACAGCUUCUUUUUGCCUGACUGUGUCUAUCAUUCCCCUUAAAGUGGUAGGGAGAGAAGGCAGUUAAGCAGGGAAGGUUCCAAUUUCUUAUUUCAAAACUUCCAUUCAUACAAGCUAUUCCCAUAAGGCCAGCAACCCAGGAGGUCUAUCUUCUGUCAGGUUGUAAAGAAAUUUAAUAAACUCUUAUCUCUCCUGUUCCCCCUGAACCCUGUCCUUAAAAGGCCCCAAGCUGCUCUGAAAGCAGACCUAUCUCUGGCUAGACUGCUGCUGAGCAAGUAUUUCAUAUAAACUAUCUCCCAUCUCAAUCUCGUGUUUCAGCAGUUUACAUAUAAGCCUAGGCAAGACUUCAGAUAGUCACUGUAGGAUGAAUUCCUAAAGCUCAAGGCAUACGUGUUCCCCAGGAAUAAGAAUAUCUAAAGAGAAACUAAAUCUGUCCAGGAAGAUGAUGUUUUUGUUAAUCAACUGCAGGUGGAAUAAAAAUUACCAUAAAGAAAAACAAUUUGAACUCCAAGCUAUAUAGAAUGCCUAAAGGAGCAUUAAAAACAAAAACAAAAACAAAAAAAAAAACUUGUUUUAUAAGUGUUUCAUUGGAACUUAGAAAGUAUAUGGCUCAGUUUGUUCUUCAUGCCAUCAUUACCUUGUUCUUCUCCAAAAGGAGAUUGACCCCCCAAAAAAGGACUUCCAUUAACCUGUGGUGCCUGUGAGAGGCAUUAUUUUGCAGAGAUUUGGGAAAGAUGUUAUUGGGGUACUUAAAGGUCACCGAGCCAAAAGCAUGAGGAAGGACCUGGUUGAAUGUCCAUCCAUCAGCCCUCCCAGGAUUUUCCUCCUGGGCUCUAUUGGAAACAUAUGGUCUAGUCCACCCAAAGGGGAAGAGGACUCUCUGUUAUUCAUAGGUGGGACUGAAACAAAAAAACUUUUCAUUUGUUUUCUCCUGGAGGGCAUUAAAUGACUAGGCAUCAGGCAAAGUGAUCCCUCCCAUUGUUCCCAUAAAAAAGGCAGCCCAGGCCACCUCAUGGCAGCCUUGAAGUAUGUACGCAUUACUGUGUAGGAGUCUGUUUCCAAUUCUGUUGGGUUUUUUAAAUUCCUUGAUUCUGGGUUUCCAUUCUAUUAUUAUUUUGGUUUUUAAUAUUAGAAAAAUGGUAACAUCUUUGAUGCCACGAGAGCUUUUUCUGAUUAGUAAAUGGCGAGGAUGGACAGUGGUGCAUACCAUUGUCAAGUCUACUUCAUUACAAAAUGUACUUUGUUCAUUUAUUCUGACAAGUUUAGUUUUUAUGAAUAAAUACCUCAGUUUAUUAGCAAA